AUGCAGCCCCCUGCCUCUUGGUGUCUGUCCGUUUUGAGUGCUCAGCUCUUGCCGCUUUCUUCAGCAGAAUAUUGCGAUGAUUUAGAUGGCUUAAAUGGUUGCCCCCUUUCAAUAUGUUGGCACACAAACACCUUUACAUCUCCUCUUCGCAAAAUGACAUCCAUAGUACAAAAUGACCGGACUGAAGAUAUCAAUGCUGAAUCCUACAUUACAAUCACCCACGUCCCCCGAUAUUACCCCCCAGGGGCCCAAGAGAUUAUCGGUCGUGGUAGCGAGUGUCUCAUCGGCGCCAUUGACGAGUUUACAGUCUUGAAUCACCCAUGCAUUCCUGGAAACUAUCAAAGCGUUCAAAUAGAAGCCCAGCUUCUCGCGGUCCUGGGAAGCCACCCCCAUAUCAUUGCCUCAAAAGGCCUCACAGAGCAUGGUCUCCUCCUUCAGCGCGCAUCAAACGGCUCUCUAAACGACUAUAUCGCAUCACAGCCGUUCAUAGCCCUCGACCAGAAAUUCAUGUGGUGUAAACAAGCCACCGAAGCAAUAAGCCAUUGCCCUAAAAAGCGCGUCAUUCACUGCGACAUAAGUCUUCGGAAUCUCCUGCUUGAUACUGAACUCAAUUUAUUACUUGCAGACUUCCAGGGAAUGCUGAAGUCUGCUGAUGGUGACACAUUGCUGGAUGGACUUUCUCGGGAGUGCUCAAAGUCAUAUCAGCCUUGA